ACAUGAGUUCAGUUACCAAAUAUAGAUGGGAACGGUAGGAAUCACAUAGUCAGAGAAGACAGAUGUAACUCAGAGCCCACAGUCACCUCAGUGCUUACUGCGGACCAAGCAAACUUGAAUGAAUAGCUAAAGCAACGUUCAGCCUUCUUAGAGAAAAGGGGGAAAGAGUUUCCUUGCCAUACACAUAUUAUAUAUGAAACAUUUUGCACUGGCUUACAAUCAGAAAGUAUGCAGGACAGACGUUGCAAUCAGCAGGCUUCACCCCUGUCUUUAAUUAUGAGGGGGACUUACCCUUCAGAAAAAAACACUUCUGCUGGAAACCAUGAAAACCCAUCUGAGGACUCUUCAUCUUAUGAACUCUUUUAUGACUCCCUAUCAGACAUACAAGAUGGGGAGUUUGCAAAUGAGCUUUCUGCCUUUCUGAGUGAAGAUGAGAUAAGCAGAAGCCUUGAACUUGCUCACAAAUCUAUUACAAAUUCUCAUAAUGAAGAUGAAAACACAAAGCAGGAGUUCACAUAUUUCUUCAACACUACUCCAAACUCAUCAGAGGAUGAUGCUUCUAGGGAGACCAGAGAUCAAGAUGCCUCCAAGAUGACUCAGGAGACCAUCCCAAACUCAUUACGGAUCUCAGCACAACCUCCCCCAGAGCAAAAAACCCAGAAUACAUAUCCAAAUACAUAUCUUCCAGAAGCAAACAAUUGUGUUGGUGCAACUGAGAAACAACUUGGUAUAUCCCCCCUGCUGCCGGCAAGACCAAGCUUUAUUCGUAGUCUAAAAAGUGCCAAAAGAGCUGGUCCAACUACGCAGAAGAUGAGCCCCAAAUCCAAACAAACAUCAGCAGACAAUGUUCCCUUCAAGAAUAAGCUAUGUGACAAAGCAGCCACUUUGAUUGAAGAGCUCUCUUCCAUCUUCCAGGAAGCAGCCAAGACAAGGGUCAGGAGCCCAGAUGGAAACUCUUCUUCUCCAGACAGUGGCUACCUUUCCCCUAAAAAUAAACAAUCAGCCUCAAGGACCCCAGCUCUUGACAAAACAUGCCUAGAGACCACACCAGAACAUGAGAUACUUGAAGUCACUCGUGCUGAAGAACCUGUGCUGCAAAGGGAAGAAGACUGUCAGGCCCGUGAGAACGCUUCCAUGGACCAGGUCACAACAGGCAGCUACCAUCCACCUUCACCACCUCGAUUUAUCCAGAAACUGAGGAGUCAAGAAGUUGCUGAAGGAAGCAGGGUGCUGCUUGAGUGCAGAAUUGCUGGAAAUCCAGCACCGCAUGUUAGGUGGUUCUGUGAAGGGAAAGAACUACAAAAUUCUCCAGAUAUUCAGAUCUGUUCUGCAAGUGGAGGACUCCAUAAAUUGAUCAUAGCAGAAGCAUUUGAGGACGAUACAGGGCGCUACUGUUGCCUGGCUUCAAAUACCCUUGGCUCUGAUUCUACUUCAGCAGAAUUAUUUGUUGAAGGUGCCAGCUCCUCAGACUCUGACAGUGACAUUUCCAGAUCAAAAUCUGGAGCCAUGCCACAGGCCCAGAAGAAAAGUACUUCUGUUUCUUUAACAAUAGGACCUUCUGCUCCAAAGGCUGGGAUCACAACAGCAGUAAUCCAACCUAUCUCUGUGCCUAAUCCACAGGUCCAAAGUCCUACUUCAUACCUCUGCAGAUUAGAUGGCUCAAAACCUACCCAUGCUGCACCUAUUUUUACAAAGGAGCUACAAAAUUCAACAGCAACUGAAGGACAAGUAGUUGUUCUUGAGUGUAGGGUGAGGGGAGCUCCUCCAGUACAUGUCCUUUGGUUUCGGCAAGGGGUUGAAAUUCAAGAUUCCCCAGACUUCCGAAUUCUUCAAAAAAAGCCCCGGUCUGCAGCUGAACCUGAGGAGAUAUGCACAUUGGUAAUUGCUGAGACCUUCCUUGAGGAUGCAGGAAUCUUCACAUGUACAGCGCGAAAUGAUUAUGGAUCAGUCACCAGCAGUGCAAAACUGACUGUGUUGUCAGCCAAUUCUGAAAGCAGCAGCCAGGAACAAGAACAAAAUGAUGAUGAGUUCCACAACUUCCCACCUCCACCUCCAGAUCUUGAGAUUAGUUCAAUUGAACUUCACCCAAAGCCUUCUGAGGGCCUUCAGAUGAACAAUGCCAGAUCGAGCACUGCAGCUCUACAAUUGCAGCUUAACUCUGCUGAGAAGAAAACCAAUGGUGUUCAUCUUAGCUAUGGAGUAAAUGGGGUGAUGAAUGGCAACUCCAAAACCGAUAAGUCUCCUCUGCAUCCUGGUAGCUUGCUUUCACCUACAAAAACACCCCCACCUGUGUUUGCUAAGCCAAAGCUGGACCCUUUGAGAAUUCAGCAGUUACAGAACCAAAUCCGGCUGGAAAAAGAAGCAUCCCAGUGGUGUCAACAGCAGCAAGCCAGUUUCCACCAAAAUCUGCCCUUAUCUCCAACUUUCCCACCACCACCUUCAUUCCAGGAGCCUGAGUCCACCCACUCAGUCCCUUCCAGCCCUGGGCAAAUGAGUGUUCUCAAUUCCCAUUCAGCUCCCACCAUGCAGUCAUCCAGCUCCUUUAACUAUGCCCGUCCUAAACAGUUCAUUGCUGCCCAGAACAUCAGCCCUGCCUCAAGCUACGUGACACCUUCCUCUGGAUCUUCCACAUCAAGUCUCCCAUCCCCUAUGUCCCCCACUGCAUCUCAGAAACAGUUCGGCAGAACAUCCGCUCCUCCUUUCUCUCAGCCAUUUUCUCCUGAGGGGGAAUACCCAUGGUCUCCUUCCCCACCCCCUCCUCCUCCCCCUGUUUUUAGUCCAACUUCUACCUUCUCAGUAUCUGAUUCUUUUCCACUACCACCACCACCUCCACCUCCUCUCCCAACCUCUGUCCCUUCGCCCUCCCGUAGUCUCUCUCCAACAUCUAGAUUUUCAAACUCUGCCCAGUCACCAGCAGCCUUCCUCAGCUCCAUGCUACCAUCCCAGCCAGCUCCGGUCUCUGUAAAUGCACUAGGACUCCCAAAAGGCAUCACACCUCCGGGAUUUCCAAAGAAAACAGGCAGAACUGCCAGGAUUGCAUCUGACGAAGAAAUUCAGGGCACAAAAGAUGCUGUCAUCCAGGACCUGGAAAGAAAGCUUCGUUUCAAGGAAGAUCUGUUGAACAAUGGCCAACCAAAGUUAACAUAUGAGGAGAAGAUGGCACGUCGACUUCUAGGUGCUGACAGUGCUGCGACCGUCUUUAAUAUUCAAGAACCAGAAGAAGAAUUGACUGGACAGGGAACUGGCUCUGUUGAUGCCUCUGUAGUGACUCCUGAGGAUGUUCAAAAGGAAUAUAAGGUCUCCAGCUUUGAGCAGAGACUCAUCGGUGAGAUUGAAUUUCGGCUGGAGAGAUCUCCUGUAGAAGAGUCGGAUGAUGAAGUUGAGCAUGGAGAAGAUGCCCCUGAUAAUAGUGUGGCACCAUACUUUGAGACAAAACUGAAACAUUACAAGAUAUUUGAAGGGAUGCCCGUCACCUUUACAUGCAGAGUAUCUGGAAAUCCAAACCCAAAGAUCUAUUGGUUCAAAGACGGGAAGCAAAUCUCUAAGAGGAGUGAACAUUACAGGAUGCAAAGAGAACCAGAUGGGACUUGCUCUCUCCACACCGCAACUGCCACCUUGGAUGAUGAUGGGAAUUACACUAUCAUGGCUGCCAAUCCACAGGGCCGGGUAAGCUGUACAGGAAGGCUCAUGGUCCAGGCUGUCAACCAGAGAGGACGCAGCCCUCGAACACCUCCUAGCCAGCCUCACAUCAGAAGACCUCGAUCUCGAUCAAGAGAUAGUGGGGAUGAAAAUGAACCCAUCCAAGAGCGUUUCUUCCGACCUCAUUUCCUGCAGGCCCCAGGAGACCUGAUAGUUCAAGAAGGAAAGCUUUGCAGAAUGGACUGCAAGGUCAGUGGCUUGCCAACUCCAGAUAUCAGCUGGCAACUGAAUGGAAGAGUAAUACGUUCAGAUGCCUCCCACAAAAUGCUUGUACGUGAAAAUGGCGUCCAUUCCCUGAUCAUAGAGCCAGUCACAGCGAGGGAUGCUGGCAUCUAUACCUGUGUUGCCAAGAACCGAGCUGGUCAGAACACAUUCAGCCUGGAACUGAUCGUUGCAGCUAAGGAAGCACAUAAGCCACCAGUAUUUGUAGAGAAACUCCAGAAUACAGGAGUAGCUGAGGGGUAUCCUGUGCGACUGGAAUGCCGGGUUUCAGGUGUACCACACCCUCAGAUCUUCUGGAAGAAAGAAAAUGAGUCACUUACAUACAAUACUGACAGAGUCAGCAUGCACCAGGAUAAUCAUGGUUACAUCUGCCUGCUUAUUCAGGGAGCUACAAAAGAAGACGCCGGUUGGUACACAGUGUCAGCAAAGAAUGAGGCUGGGAUAGUAUCCUGCACAGCAAGGCUGGAUGUCUAUACUCAGUGGCAACAACAGCCCCAGACCACCAAGCCAAAGAAAGUGCGUCCCUCAGCUAGUCGAUAUGCGGCACUUUCUGACCAAGGACUAGACAUCAAAGCUGCGUUUCAGCCAGAAGCAAACCCAGCGCAUCUGACUCUGCAAUCUGGAUUGGUAGAAAGCGAUGAUUUGUAAACCUUAGUUAUCAGCGCUUACAUUUUCUUUUAAGGUGAAAACACUGAAAGCCAUUGUCUCGACCAAUGAUAACUUAUGCCACUUUAUGUGAACGGCAGACACCUGUGUGUGCAAAAGAUAACAAACACCUUCAUCACAUAUUUCUUACUGAGUGAAACACAUUAAGAAUAGGUACUGAUUGUUCAGUAGAAAUGUACAGCCCAUGCACACAAACAUCACCUUCACCACAACCAGUUCUUUUUCCUUUGUGGAUAGUGCUGUUUUGAACAGUUGCAUUCACAAAUGCCAAAUGCUGAAGUGAAUGUAAUUUUUUCAAAAGCAAGCACACUGCAGAACGUCUCACCAAGUGCCUUUGCAACCUGUAAGUGCUAUCAAUAAUGCUAGCCAUUUUACUGGGCUACCACACAACUGCGAGUUUAUCAGCAAUGCGACUCUUAUAGUGACAGUGAAAAUGUGCAAUACUGAUGGAAUAAAACAAGAUGGAAAAUGAUAAAUCUAUCUGAAAUGUUUCACUAUGAAUGGCUUUCUAUUCCUGCAUCAAGGGUGCUUGUUAUGGGCAGGGAGUUUUAAUACCUGAAGGCUUCAUUUGACUUUUGCCAAUUAAGGAGUGGCUGACGUAUAAAUGUACUGCCAGGGGAAACUGACCAUAAAAUAAUUUAAAAUAUGGACAGUACAAUGGAAUUAUUUUACAGCUUUCUGUUUGUAACAGUGGGAUGUAACGUGGGCAGAAGGUGAGACCUUUCUCAGGGGAUGACGUUUGAAAACUUCGCACUUCAUCUCUCUGAAAUUCCAUGGUUAUCUGGAUACUUUUUAAAAGAAAUACUGGAGAUUUGAUUGACCUCUAAUUAACAGAAGAGUGGAUAAUUAAGAGUAUAGAGUAAGUGGGGGAAGGAGUAAGUCUGCAAUAUGGGUAUAAUAAGCACAUACUAUAGAGAAUAGCUGGGUAGAUAUGGGGGGGCUGCAGAAUGUUGAGGAAAUGGUGUUAACAUUUUAAACACUGUAUGCAUGUGUACUAGAUGUUACAUUUUUGGGUUCUUGCUUUACUGCAGCAUGAACAAUAACCUGCCCAUGGCUGGGACCUUGUGAAGUUGGUAAAAAAUGUUGAUUUUCUAGAAUACAAACCAGUUUUGUUGGGCUUCACCCAGACUGGAUUAAAAAAUUAACUCAUUUUAAUUAGGAUGAAGUAGAAGAUCACUGACAAAGAAGUGGUUUUGAUGGUACAAGAGUACUUUGCUACAAAAGGAAAACACUGUAUUCCUUAUAUGAAGCACGUUUAUAGUACUUUAUUUAUAAUAAAAAUAUGAUUCUUUAUCUGAACUCAGUUAUUCAAGUACAGUACUUUUUUAAAAUAAGUUUUGUAUUAUGUAUCACACCAUAUAUUUUGCAUUACUGUUAUACAUGUAUUGCUUUGCAUCUCAUUGUUAAGUAAACAAACCAGGUUUUAUUGGCUAUUAAGAACUUCUGCCACAGAAGUUACUUUUCUAUGCAAACUGUUGCAGAUGGCUACAAUCUCAGUUACAGGAAUUUCUUACAUAUUUUGUCAUACACGAUCUGUAUGAAACUGCCCUACUAUCAACUUCUAGUCAAGUAUGUUGUAUUAUUCACUUACCAAAUUUUUUCUCAAAUGUGAUUUACUAACCUACUAUUUGUUUAGCUUCACUACUAGCAUUUUGCUUCUUUUUAUUUGUAUUUAUAAAAAAUGUACAAUUCAUACUCCUUUGAAUUGUUGUGCUGGUACCAUGUGGAUUCAAUAUCAA